CGUUCGCUGCUCUGUCUAUAAAUAACGGUCUGCUGCUUGUUGUUCUUAUUGGCAUUGGGAUCGGAUCCGUGCGGUUGUCGACAGAUUGGAAACGUCAACGGUGCCAACGCAACACGUCACUUCAUUCAUCGCCGGUGCUCAAGUGCGGAACGCCUGCUACCUGUGUGCUCCGUUAUCGCAUCAUUAUGGUCUCCCUUAUCAGCGAGAAUAUGACCAUGUCAUCGUGGAGGUGGACCUUACCGGGACUGGUCUUGGCUGUCCUGGCGUGUUUGGCCUGGAAUGCCACGCCGGCUCACGCUCACGGCAGGCUUAUGGAGCCCCCUUCGAGGUCGUCCAUGUGGAGGUUCGGCUUUAAGACGCCGCCAAACUACAACGACAACGAACUCUUCUGCGGUGGCUACGCGGUCCACUGGCAGAAGAACGGCGGCAAGUGCGGAGUCUGCGGAGAUCCGUGGCACCAGCGCACGCCUCGUAACAACGAAGCCGGCGGCAAGUACGCCAAGGGUAUCAUCGUGCGCCGCUACAAGAGGGGAGAUACGAUGAAGGCGUCAGUGCAGCUCACUGCCAACCAUCGGGGAUACUUCGAGUUUCGCCUGUGCCCCGUGAACGACCCCAAGGUUGCCGCCACCGACGAGUGCAUGGCCAAGCACCCGCUGACCAUGGCCGACGAUCCCAGCGGAAGCACGCGCUACAUGGUGGACGCCCGCAAGCGGGACUUCAACAUCCGUAUGAAGUUGCCAGAAGACAUGACGUGCUCCCAGUGCGUCCUCCAGUGGUCUUACACCGCAGGCAACAACUGGGGCAAGUGCGCCAACGGGUCCAGUGCCGUAGGCUGCGGUCCUCAGGAGACCUUCCGAGGCUGCGCGGACAUCGCCAUCGAGGACGACGUCGCUGGAGGAGACGGCGGCCAGGGCGGAUUCGAUGUCGGUGCCGGCGAGAUUCCUGCCGCCACGCCUCCUCGUGUUCCGGCCACCAAGAAACCCGUGACGCCCCAGGUGCCCUGGUGGGUCAAGGGAGGUCCCAAGGUGCCCGUGACGCCCAAAAAGCAGCCACCCCACCGCGGCUACCCCUGGAAGACCGCACCGACCCGCAGGCCCUACCACGAAGUCGAAGGCCACACCAAGCAGGUUCCCGUCGCCGUGCCCGCCGAGCCCAGGCCAGUCUACCCCGGCGGUAAGCCAGAGGUCGAAGAAGGAUCCGAACAUGACGGCCACGGCCACCACGGAGGCCACGGUGGUGCGGCUACUCAGGGCUACCCCGAGGAGGAGGAGACGCCCGUGGGGACCACAACGGAGUACCCGCGCACCAUGAUUCCCAAGAGGUACUCGCCUAAGGACAGGUGGACCCCGGCUCCGAAGAACACAAAGAACAAGCCACCUUUCGGAAAGGAUGGUCCCGCCAAGAAGCCCGGCAACAACAAAGUCUUUGGAGGGUGUAAGGGAGUCGGCAUGUACAAGAGAAUCCCCGGACUGGACAAGUGGUGCUGGGACAACUGCCACAGGGGUUACUGCCCGCCUACCCACUGCACCUGCCACUAAGUGUCUCCAGGAGAAAUGGAAGCCUAUGUUUGAAUUUUAGAGUCUGCCUUGUUUUCUCGUUUUUAUUUCUUGUUGACGAUGUCCUUCCCACAACGCGACCCCCACCCUUCCCGUUGCUACUGCCUCUGCUUCGAACUCUGCCAAGCCUUUUUUCCCCUUGUUCACGAACUUUACCCACCGUCGUGUGCGAGGAUGCCCGGAGUCCUCGAGUUUGCGCCCACGUGACUCGCGCUUUUGUUUUCCGUUAUAUGUCUGUUCACGUACACCACAUCUGCACGGGGAAGAUUGAGCUGUAUGAUUAUGAUGCGGGGUUUCCGACUUGUGUGUGAAUGCUUGUAGGCUGUAUUUAUUUGUCCGCUUGGUGCAUUACUUGAAACCCGGUGACGACGACGAAUGAUCACAAAUGCUUACUGAUUUGCAGUUUGUACUGUCCGAAAGUGUAGUGGCCAGCCUCCUGAGUCUACAUUAUACUGGGCAUUCGUACGUGCUUGGACCUUACCAAGUACGCAGACGUUCAGGAAACGCUGGCCGAUGAUAAUGAGCACGAGAAAUGCGUAUGAUUUUGUUUUUUCAAACGAGUACAUCUUUACUGCCGAAACGUCUUUCAUAAUGUUUCCAAUGGCUCCGCCUCAGCGAAGGCAGUAUUUACUAAUCAGGAAUUGCAUUGGGCAUUGAAAGACAGCGUACGACAUACAAAUUCCUAAGCAUUCUUACAAAGGUGUAGAAUUAAUAAUCGCAUCUAUCUACGUUACGAGUCAUUACACAUUUCUUUAAAGCCAGCAUAAAUAGGAAUGGACAAAACUUAUCGCUGGACCGAUAAGUCAGAGCAGGCUCUUUUUUAUUUAGAGACAUCAUACACCUGCUUACCAACUGAAAAGGUUCAGUGCAAAAAAAAAAAGACGCAAAAGUUAGACUUGCGAUGUGAAUAUAUGCCUUAUAGUAAAAGAAACAAAGAUUAACGUAGAGAGAGAUGGAAAGAAAGCCUGCUCACUUGAUGCUUUAGAUGGCUUCCGAUUGCUGUGCCAAGUUGAGCGCUGGCCGCAUGAGUCCGAUGCCCGACAUCUUCACCAUUCGUGAGCGAAGUGGAGUGAGUGUACAUAUAUACAUGAGGCUUCUUAUUCAAUUUCGACUGCGUGCAUGCAUGCUUCUCAUCCAAACACAUCCGUGGUGAUGUGUCCUUUCCUGUCGAUCAAUGAAUGUCCAUGAAUUAUUUAUUUGCCAGUUCUCUUUACGAGAGCUGGAAUCCUGUCCGCGCUCAUCCUUGUUCCAUCUUUUGCCUGUGCCGUGAGUGUGGGAAUUUCAUGUGUGCGCAUCAUAUAUAUUAUUUAUAACGACGCAUUCUUUUGCUUGUUGAUUGUUGUUGAUUUUCUUUUUUUUUUUUGGUUCGCAAGAACGACUUGUGAAGUGGCAAUAAAACAAAGGUGCCCGUGCGCGCCACU